AUGCGCAAGACUACGCUUGCCCAGCGUCUACACCCGAAUCUCACAGUUCCAGUCAUUUAUUACAGCUGUAGUUUCAGGAGUAUUCUGGUUACAUUUAUAUUUCUUUCAGCAAUAACACCGGGUGUUACUGAAAUCACCCUUGAGCGUGCCGUCCCAGUGAACAUCACUUCUCCAAAUUACCCUUCCGACUACAACAUCGGCGAUAACAUCGUCUGGAAGGUAUCAGCCCCUGUCAACCACAGCGUCAGGCUGGACAUCGUCGACUUCGCUACCCAAUUGAACUUCGACAUCUUGUUUGUGGGCGAUGGACUGACGCCACUGAGUUACACAGAGCUUGCGAGGCUCACGGGCUAUGGGUUAAGGUCAACUGUGACGUCACAUGGCCGCCAUAUGUGGCUCAAAUUCACCAGUAAUUUCGGAAUUAUUGACGUUGGAUUCAUGGCAACACUGAACGCUGUGGAUCCGAGAGAUGACAAUCCUCUAAUCUUGGUGAACGAGUCUACGGUCCAACAGCUCCGCUCACCAGACUUCCCUCUUGAUGCAAGCGACAGCGUGCACGAGAUUUGGCGGGUAAUGGCUCCUCGGGAUCACAGCGUGAGGGCGCGUUUUGACUUCUUUAACCUCACCGACGGUUCUUCGCUUACCGUGGGCUACGGCUCGAGUCCUUUAAUGACCACAAUCCUAGUGGAGUUGACUGGAAGUGAAUUGCCUGAAGAUAUUACCUCCCCCACUCGAGAAUUGUGGUUUAGAUUUGUGUCGGAUACUGGGGACUCCAGUAGAAGGAAACGAAGAGCGGUCGGUUCGCUUAUGGAAAGUGGAUUCUUGGUGAAUCUAACAGCAGAAAGGACUGAAGAUAUCAACGAGUGCCUGAGUAACCCUUGUCAGAAUGGAGGCACAUGUUCAGACAUCCAUGGAGGUUUCCAGUGCUUCUGUCCCGAAGGCUUCAAAGGAGAUUACUGUCAAACAGAUAUCAACGAGUGCCUGAGUAACCCUUGUCAGAAUGGAGGCACAUGUUCAGACAUCCAUGGAGGUUUCCAGUGCUUCUGUCCCGAAGGCUUCAAAGGAGAUUACUGUCAAACAGGUUAGGACAAAACAAAUGGACUCGAUACCCUCAAGACAUAGCACCACGAAGAGAUAGCUAGACAAGAAUAUAAUAAUUCAGUUAGGCAGUGGUGUAGCGGGGGCCUCUGGCAUUACUGGGAUUUGGAGUAAUUUUAUUAGAUGGAUGAAGUAUAAAUUGUCGAGGCUACCUACGAGGGGGAACGAGGCAGGAGACUUUAUUUACUUCUUUUCACUUUUCCUUUCCCUUUCGUUUUGUGUUGUAUACAUCGUGCCCCUUGCAUCUACUUCAUUGGAGAGAUUUGUUCUUCAAAGUCAUGAAAAAGAUAUUGAAUACGGGAAACGGGAUACAUGUGUAUAUUAAACCUCUUUAUUUACCACGUGACAAUGUGGCAGAUCUCUAAUUGGCUCAAAAUACUGAACCAUAACUUGAAUGAUAAUUUUUUUUCACGCUGUUUGUUAUAAUAGACAAUGAAUAGAACAUAUCAAACUAGUUUACCCAAUUCACAUGAGCUACAAUGAUGAAACUUGGUCAGGUUUGUUUUCCCCUUCAAUACUGACAUUAGUACAACAUAUUGCUUUUUCUAUUACGGUAAUGGGGUUUGAUCCUCUCAACAAUCCGUCAAUAUGUCAAAACAUCUGGAAUUUAAUAGAAAACAUACGAGAUAAUACCAACAUUUUCUAUCAAAGUCCAAAUGUUUUUUUUUUUUUUUUUUUUACAUAUCCCUUACAAGGUAUAUGUGCAUUUUUAUAGAUGAAAUAAAUCAGAUGAAA